GAAGUUCAAAGGCGGAGGUCACGCGCCAUUCGCCUCCGCAAACAAGCCGACGGAUCGGGUAAAGAUGCAGUUAAACUUGGUUCAAGAGACGCGGAAAGCCGUCUCUGGGCCUGUUCCGGUACAGGAGUUUAUCGAUUCCUUCCUGCCUACCGGUAGCAUUGCCACAGUCAAACCGAAGAGUUUAAAAGCGCCGUUCAGCAAGGUUGCGAAGCAGGCAAUGAACCUGGAGAAAAAGAUGUACGGACCCAUAGAGACUGCUCUAGGACCGUUUCUUCCGGGUUUCAAGGUCAAGAAGACAGCAGACCAGGUCAAUCCCAAAUGGUUUGUGCACGGUCACAACGUCAAACCUGACCUAGCUGUCUUCAACGAGACAGGAUUGAAGACUGGCCUCGAAGAUAUGGAGUUAUAUAUCGAGGUCAAACGAGACAAGAAUGAGGAUCCGUUCAAAGAUCGAUGCAAGAGCGCGUCUGGAUUCGUUCGUGAUGUUGAUAUCGGCAGGAAAACGUUAGGGCAGCUGAUUUCCUAUGCGAUCCCCCACCUCGGAGCUCAGUUUCGCUGCUUUGGAUAUUCAAUGCUGAUCGCGGGAACAUACGCUCGCCUCAUUCGGUGGGAUCGCGCGGGGGCAGUGGUAUCAGCCCGGUUCGACUAUACCAAGGAUCACAAGUUGCUUACGGAAUUCUGUUGGCGAUUCGCCCAUGCAUCCAAGGAGGAUCGCGGAAUCGACACUUCGGUGAGAAAAACGGAAAUAUCAGAAUUCGAGCAAGACAAGAUACGGGAAUUCCUCGGCAUGGCAGACGGAGAGGACUUGUACGAAUAUGACGUUGUUGAC